AUAACUGCAAAUAUUGUUCAUACAACUUUAUCCUUAACAAGGAAUAAGGAUUCAUAUUUUCAGUUAGCCAUGCUUAGCAAAUUGAGACUCGGACUUUUGGCUAGCAGGUCGUGUGCUAAGUUCAAUUCAGUUCAAGAAGGAAUACUGUCGCUGACCGCACUAACCAAUAAUAAGCGGGAGCUACAUACUGAGAACGGCCGAGAAAUAAAGAAACAAUACUCGGUUGGACUAUUUGGUUGCGGAAGAAUAGCAGGCGUACAUCUGAAGAACAUAUUGCGCAAUCGCCGGUUGGACCUAAAAUGGAUCGUAGAACAAGAUCAGGACAGAUUUCAGGAGGUGAAGGAACAGUUCGUAUUAGGGGACGAAAUCAAGUUUCACUUGCCAUCUGAUAGAGACCAGCUGCUGUCUGAUAAAAGUUUAGAUGCAGUUAUUGUAGUUUCGCCCACAAAUACACAUACAGAGUACAUUUGCCAAAGUCUUAAACAAGGUAAAGCUGUUUUUACAGAGAAACCGGCUGGGGAGUCGGUAUCGGAUAUAAGAACAUGUUAUGAAACAGCCGAGGACAAAGGUCUCACACUCGUUACCGGAUAUACCAGACGGUUUGAUGCAGAAUUUUGCGAUGUGAAGAAUGCUGUGGAUAAUGGGGUUCUAGGUAAAUUACAGUGCAUAAAAACCACGACUAGAGAUUCACCAAAACCAUCGUACACAUUCCUUAAAACAGCUGACAGUUCAGGGUGCAAUAUACUUGCUGAUCUCGGAGUCCAUGACAUUGACAUGAUUGUGUGGCUAACCAAAGCACAGAAGCCGGAAUCCAUCUUCAUAAACUGUCAUGUACAGGACGAUGAGCUAAAAGAGUGCGGACAACCAGACUCAAUGGCGGGAAUGAUAAAAUACCCGGAUGGAACGUUAGUUACCAUGGAUGUGUUCAGAGAGAGUUGCUAUGGUUACGAUAUACGGCUGGAGGCUUUCGGUACACAAGGUAUGGCGAUGGCUGAGAAUCCAAGAGAAAGUUCCACAAUUAUAGAUGGCAUUGGCGGGGGUCGCAGCAGACGACUGUUUAACUCGUUCCCGCAGAGAUUUGAAGCUCCGUUCGAAGCAGAAAUCGCACAUUUUGUGGAUUGCUUAGACGGUAAGACGGUUCCACUGAUCACCAAAGACGAAAGUUUACGUGUGGCAGAAAUAAUAGAAAAAGGAGUACAGUCAUAUAAGGAAAAGCGUCUUGUCAUGUUUUAAUAUAAUUUUGCGAACUAUCGACAUACUUCAUAAAGACAUUCCAGAAUACACAUCAUAUGAAAUUAUUAUGUUAAAGUGAUAAACGUCUUUCUUUCAGUUUCAUUUAACUGAUAUGAAAAGUGCCCAUUUCAGACCGGGUUACAGAAUAUUACCUUGAGUGCUACAUCUUCUUGCGGAGACCGAACAUUGUUGUUUAACCUUGGAGAGGUUAAUUUAGUAAAACAGCCCAUCUGAAUAAAACAUAUUUUAGCUUUCUGUUGGUAGGUUAAUAGAGUAAAGAAUUGAUAUGUUUGGAUCUGAAUUAUUUGUCAUUCUAUGGUGUACGUUGCUACGGAAGGGGUUAAUUAUCUAAUUGGAAAUAAAAUAUCAGUCCUAUUA